GUCAUGACUACAGAAAUGGAUUGGAAGAAGCUCGUGCGUCCCGACGAUGUUGUCAUUGUGGCCUCCCGACGAAGUCCUGUUGGUCGCAUGUCUGGUUGUCUAUCUGGCUUAUCUGCACAUCAAUUGGGAGCACAAGUUAUCGACGCAGUGUUAGCUACUGCUUCGAGGCUAUCAUCUGAUCCUUCCAGUAUGAAGGAGUACAUUAUACACCACCUUGAGGAGGUCAUUGUUGGCCAGGUUUUCACUGCAUCCACGGGGCAAAACCCUGCUAGGCAAGCUGCAAUUCUAUCAGGCAUCCCAUACUCCGUCCCAGCAUGGGGAGUUAAUAUGUUAUGUGGUUCCGGCUUGAAAGCAGUGUGCUUGGCUUAUGAUCGUUUGAGACAUGUGAACCCUGACGGCGGUUGGGUCAUUGCAGGUGGUCAAGAGUCCAUGAGUCAGGCUCCUCACGCCACUGCUGCAGGUGCUUCUGUCCGUCGAGGAGGUGGUCCGAACACUCGUACUCUACCUCAUUUGGGUUCGUUUCAUCUCAUUGAUACCAUCAUGCAUGACGGUCUGACAGAUGCUUACUGCGGCUUGCUGAUGGGGCACACGGCUGAGUUUAUUGCCAAAAAGUCAUGGGAAUCGAAGGCGGUUGAUCGGGGUGCAUGGCGCGAUCUGAUCAUGAAGGCAGUUGCCGUGGUGCAAGAGAAAGCGCUCAUACAUACAGAGAAGAAGCGGCAAGUGCGGAAGCGACAGGCAACAAUGCGUUGUACUCCAUCGACUUCGAGCUCAUGGUGCUGUAGCCCAUGCGGUCGCGAGUGCGUGAGUCAGGCAGGCCUGGUGAGCCAUGAUCGAGACCAUUCGGGACCACUACCGAAGCGACGACGGGUCCUGCAGAGAAGGUACGGAUUAACCCGCGAGCAGCAAGAUUCUUUCGCGCUGGAAUCCCAGCAGAAGUACGAGUCUGCCUUCUCGAAGGGAUUGUUUUCAUCCGAGAUCGUUCCUAUAAUACUUCCGGCUUCAAUGAACUGCGAGUUAGGGAAUACAGUGAACAAGGACGAACACCCACGUCCCGGAACCUCAAUGGAAUCACUUGCUCGCUUAAAACCUGCUUUUAGUGACUCCGCCGAGAACGGCACAGUCACUGCAGGCAACGCCAGUGGAGUAAAUGAUGGUGCGGCGUUCCUGGUUCUCUGUCGUGGGGACCAACUCAAGAAGUGUGACAGCCUCGACACGAUGUGUCGCUUCGUUCGGAUCGUCGGAUGGCAUCAAGUCGGCCUUGAGCCACAGCUUAUGGGCCUUGGACCGGUGAGUGCUAUUCUUGGACUCAUUGCCAAGUUAGGAUGGACUUUGGACUCUGUGGAUGCUUUCGAGAUCAAUGAGGCAUUCGCUGCUCAGUCGCUUGCCGUCAUUCAUGAGUUGGGCAUCCCUGCUAGUAAGGUCAACCGAUGGGGCGGCGGUGUUGCUCUGGGUCACCCAUUGGGAUGCACUGGCGCUCGAAUCUUGGUCACACUUAUAAGCAUCAUCAGUCAUUUGGGAAAUCCACCUCCAAAAAAAGAACCACUUCGCGGGAUUGCGGCCCUCUGUAUUGGUGGGGGAAUGGGAAUAGCCCUGGCAAUAGAAUCCUUCAAAUGA